GGGGCUGUCGCCACCACCGUGCUCUCACUGCCCCUGUCUCCCGCCGAGCCCCGGGGUCUGGCCGGGACAAUGACCAUGGCGUGCAGCGGAGCUGGGACCCCACGCUUGGGAGGCAGCGGCCCGGGGCCUGCCCCCAGCCCUGGCUGACAGCGGUGCCCCCUCCCUGCAGCCCGGGCAGCCCCCAGCAGCCCACCAGGAGCAUGGCCCAGCCAGAGAGCAAGCUGGUGUCCCCGCCGGUGGCACCCUCGUCCCCCGAGCUGGAGUGCCACAUCUGCUACAGCCGCUUCGACGCCCGUGCCCGCAGGCCCAAGCUGCUCCGCUGUGGCCAUCGCCUCUGUGCCCGCUGUCUGCGCAGGAUUGUUCCCCCGGGGGACACUUCAACCCCCCAGCUCCGUUGCCCCUUCUGCCGCCAGCACAGCCCGGUGCCGGGCGGGGACGUGCAGCAGCUGCAGGAUGACGGUGAGGCACUGGCACUGCUGACAGGCCGUGAACGGGCCAAGAAACGGGGUCCACCCCUAUCUCCUGAGGUACUCCUUUGCCCCAGUGUGCUGGAGCCCGCAUCCAGCCCCGACUGCCUGGUUGUCACCAUCCUGGAGGUGCCAGAGGACGUAGCCCCACCGGAGAGCCUGGGCAGGCUGGAGGUGGUGCGGCUGUACCGCCCCACGAGCCUGGGUGCGCUGCCCUGCCACGGCCCCGGGCAGAAGUGGCGCUCCUGGGGGUGGCAAGCCAUCCCCCGCUUCAUUCUGGGCGUCCUCUGCCUCCUCUACUUCAGCUCCCUGCCCUUCGGCAUCUACCUCCUGCUCAUCGAGCACCACAGCCUGGGCAUCAUCCUGGUCAGUCUUGUGCCCUCCACCCUCCUUCUCUGCAUUGUCUACAGCCUCUGCCAGUGCCUGUGCCUGGAGGUCUUUGGGUUCCCCCACUCCUGA